AUGGUCUGGAACCCGAGCAACAUGUACGUAGUACGAGCCAACUACGAGGUUUCAAGCGUAGAGCUGGCCUUUCUCAAGAGGGAGACCAAGGGUUGUCUGAGGACCAGCGGAGGGGAGGCAGACGAACCAUUUCGGACGAAUCAGACAAUGCUGCAGAAAGCCCUAGUGGUUGAGACAAGGCGAGGGUUCAGCACCGCCGAGCAAAAGCAACGAGUCGUCACCUCCGUGCGCCCACACCUGGCGAGGUAG